CAGACUGAAUUAUCCCCAUAUGUAGUCCUGAUUUUGCUUUUUUCAGUAACGUGUCUGUGCCUGAGCGGCUGCGUAUACAAGUUAGCCGGAUUAGCAUGGCCAACUACGAGGCUCUGCAUUACGAUAAGGACAAACUGCGGGAAGUCUCUGUCCCGCUUGGAAUCAUUGUCGUGGACAACAGCGCUGACCUUGAACAAGUGCGGGAGAAGAUCAGCAAACUCAGUCUGGAUAUCCAUAACGGAGAUGAGAACAACGAAGACACAAUCUUGGACAACUCUUCCUCCCUGUUGCUGUCGAAGAAAUGGUGUUUUCUCGACUCUACGACAGCGGAGCGUUUUUUCCGAAUUGACCGCGCUCAGGAGCACCUGCACUACAUAACGGACAUAUCAUCCGAAGACCUGUACAUCCUUGACCCUGACCUCUCGUCCAACGUUGCCAUCGUCACCACUAGCAACGGGGACAGUCAUCCUGUAAUAACCGAUGUCGGCAACUGCCAGAAAACGGAAGAUGGGGAGCUCAUAUUCACAUUCCCAUUGCCAGUGACCCCUCCAAAAUCACCCAAUCGGGGCAGGAAGAAAAACCGAAAAAUCUCCUACUCGCAUUCCGAUCGGCAGAAGAAUUAUGAUAGAAGUCGCUUUAAGAAGCGUGUUCGAGAACGAGCCAGCUCGGAGCCGGGUUCCCCCAACUCCCCGGUGACGCAGGAACGACAUUACCAGUUCACAUCCGUGUCGAGCGCCACCGCCGACAACAAGACACAGGUCCUCUCACCACUCGAUAAAGGUAGUCGGUCUGUCGGUCUCAUUGAUGCCUCAAAACGUGGAGAUAUAGAAAAGCUGGUAGAGUCGUACCAUGAUGGCGCAACGUUGCUGGUGACUGAUCAGUACGGGAUGACGGCAUUACACCACGCCGCGCGCUUCGGACACAAGGCAAUCGUACAGUUCCUCAUUCAAAGUGCUCCUCCCGUGAUUCUGGACAUGGUUGAUCAGGAAAAAGGCCAGACUGCUCUACACAAGGCUGCAUGGUAUCAGCGUCGUACGAUCUGUCACAUGCUGGUUGCGGCGGGGGCGUCGCUCACCCGCACCGACUACCAGGGAAACACACCGCAGCAGCAGGCUCUGAAAGCCGAGGACUCGGAACUCGCGGCCUAUCUCCAGAAUCAAGAACACUUUCAGCUGGUAGCCUCUGAAGAUCAAGAGACUGCAGUAUAGUGAUAAUGGACAGAUGUGAACUGGAGAGACUGACUUAUAGUGAAACUGGAGAGACUGACUUAUAGUGAUACUGGACAGACUGACUUAUAGUGAUAAUGGACAGAUGUGAACUGGAGAGACUGACUUAUAGUGAUACUGGACAGACUGACUUAUAGUGAUACUGGACAAACUGACAUAUAGUGAUACUGGACAGACUGACUUAUAGUGAUACUGGACAGACUGACUUAUAGUGAUACUGGACAGACUGACUUAUAGUGAUACUGGACAGACUGACAUAUAGUGAUACUGGACAGACUGACUUAUAGUGAUACUGGACAGACUGACAUAUAGUGAUACUGGACAGACUGACUUAUAGUGAUACUGGACAGACUGACAUAUAUAGUGAUACUGGACAGACUGACAUAUAGUGAUACUGGACAGACUGACAUAUAGUGAUACUGGACAGACUGACUUAUAAUGAUACUGGACAGACUGACAUAUAUAGUGAUAAUGGACAGAUGUGAACUGGAGAGACUGACUUAUAGUGAUAAUGGACAGACUGACAUAUAGUGAUAAAGGACAGACGUGAACUGGACAGACUGACAUAUACUGACAAUGGAGAAAUUUAUACCAGAUAGACUGACAUAGUGACAACAGACAGACAUAUAUUGGACAGACUGACAUAUACAGACAAUGGACAGACUGACACAGUGACAAUGGAGAAAUGCAUACCGGAUAUAGACUGAACAAUGGAGAAAUGUAUACCGGAUAUAGACUGACAUAGUGACAAUGGACAAACAUAUUGGACAAACAGACUGACAUAUACAGACAAUGGACAUACUGACAUAUACAAUGGACAGACUGACAUAUACAGACAAUGGACAGACUGACAUAGUGACAAUGGACAGACUGACAUAGUGACAAUGGACAGACUGACAUAUACAGACAAUGGACAGACUGACACAGUGACAAUGGAGAAAUGUAUACCGGAUAUAGACUGACAUAGUAACAAUGGACAAACGUAUUGGACAGACUGACAUAUAGCGACAAUGGACAGACUGACAUAUAGUGACAAUGGAUAAACAUAUACCGAACAGACUGACAGUGACAAUGGACAGACUGAUUUAUGGUGAUCCUUUUCACUUUGAUCUUACACUUUUGUUGUCAAGAUGCUGGUUGUCAUGACAACAGAGUUUAGAACAAAGACAGUUGGUAUGAAUGUUGUGAGCUAAAAUGACUAUUUUUCUUGUGUAUGUGUUUGGAGGUAUAUUUGCCAUGUGUAUAGGCUGGUAUUUAAAUUAGGUUAUCUCCCAUGGGCUUCACAUAACAGGCAAUUGAUCUUUGUAUUGAAGCAAAACGAUGUGAAAAUGGUAUAAUGUCUUACUCUUCUCUAUGUAAUGCAAAUGUAGAACAACAUGGACACAAUCAGGAAAUAAAAUUAAGUCCUAUAGAAGCAUAUGAUGUGAAUGAGUGAAAUAAAGAUAAAAUAAUUAACCUACAGGACAGGCACAUGUCCAAUUCACUAAACAAGUCGUCUGUUAUGUAAACGUUACUCAAAUUGUUUUAUCUGUUUGGCAGCCUAUGUGAGCAAGUCAAAGAUCUGUUUCAUUUUAUAAAGCACAUUUUAAGAUGUGCAGUUGUAGGUGUAGUAGAACAAGACUGCAUGAGCACCAAGGGAGGUAACCUGGUUUAUCUGAAGGCCGGCUGUGAUGCAAUGCACUCUGGUAGCUAGUGUUUGCCUGCACAUUGUGGUCCAACCGAGAGAAAAUCCAUUCUAUUUUUUCACUCACUUACACCCAAUUGUAAAGUAAUAUUGUUAACAUUUGUUGCCAAGAAAACGUGGAUCCUCCUAAUGUUGUAUUAGUUCCCACAGGUCUUCAUCAGAAUGUAUUGUUUCAUAUCUUUAUAUUUGUCAUGUCUCCCUUUCCACGGGGUUUUGUACAGAAAUCAAAGUAAAACAUUCCACUUAUUUUUGUAUAUGUUAUUGUUUACAUUUAAUCUCAUGUUACACCCACAGUGGUUUAAUCUCAUGUUAACCCACAGUAUGUUAGUCAGGAAUCCACUACACACACAACGCCACCUGGUGCACAUUUAACUUGUAUAUUGAAGUUAGGUAACUCCAUCUUUUGGUCUCUUCAUUCAAUAUUUACAGUAUUGACUUCCUGUUGGAUAUUCAGAAAAUUUGAUACUAUAUUUUGUGAACCCGAUAUCUUAAUGCCACAACUGUUAGAAAGCUCUAUAUUGAGGAAACUUACUCAACUCAAAUGUGCUGCACUUGGUAGGUAAACUUUAAUUGUGACUGCUGUGAUAGGAAAUGUUUAAGAACACUGGAGCACAUUGUUUAUUCAGCCACUGGUAGCCGACUAGUGCACGGUUGGUACAACACUGGUAUUUGAUAUUGUGUUGACACUGGAGCACAUUGUUUAUUCAGCCACUGGUAGCCGACUAGUGCACGGUUGGUACAACACUGGUAGCCGACUAGUGCACAGUUGGUACAACACUGGUAUUUGAUAUUGUGUUGACACUGGAGCACAUUGUUUAUUCAGCCACUGGUAGCCGGCUAGUGCACGGUUGGUACAACACUGGUAGCCGACUAGUGCACGGUUGGUACAACACUGGUAUUUGAUAUUGUGUUGACACUGGAGCACAUUGUUUAUUCAGCCACUGGUAGCCGACUAGUGCACGGUUGGUACAACACUGGUAGCCGACUAGUGCACAGUUGGUACAACACUGGUAUUUGAUAUUGUGUUGACACUGGAGCACAUUGUUUAUUCAGCCACUGGUAGCCGACUAGUGCACGGUUGGUACAACACUGGUAGCCGACUAGUGCACGGUUGGUACAACACUGGUAUUUGAUAUUGUGUUGACACUGGAGCACAUUGUUUAUUCAGCCACUGGUAGCCGACUAGUGCACGGUUGGUACAACACUGGUAUUUGAUAUUUGUUCAUCUUAACACCACUAUUUUUUUUAAUUAUUUGAUCAUGUUUGCGUUGAUAAAACUGGAAAGUUAUUAUUUAACUAUAUUUAUUGUAGAUUAGUUUCUUAAUAUUGUGUAAUUACUAAUUAAAUGUGUUUCAAACCACAGAAUAAAACUGGUUUUGUUAAUGGUUUUAUAAACAUCGGCCACCUGUCAUGGCUGCAUGUACAACAUUAGUAUUUUUAGUUUCUAGACAAGUCAUCAGACAUCUUCUUUUUAUCAAAUAGUUUGUGUUAUUUUUCAUUAAAUGGACCCUUUAAGACUUUCACAUGUAAGUCCUAUGUGUACUGUCUGUAACACAUGCAGAUGUAAGUCCUAUGGGUACUGUCUGUAACACAUUCAGAUGUAAGUCCUAUGUGUACUGUCUGUAACACAUUCAGAUGUAAGUCCUAUGUGUACUGUCUGUAACACAUUCAGAUGUAAGUCCUAUGGGUACUGUCUGUAACACAUGCAGAUGUAAAUCAUAUAGGUGUUGAUUUUUAAUACAUUGAGAUCAAAGUCUGAUUUUUAAUACAUUCAGGUCAAAGUCUGAUUGUUAAUACAUUCAGAUCAAAGUGAUUUUUAAUACAUUCAGAUCAACGUCCUUUAGGUGCUAAUUGUAACAUAUUAAAAUUUUGAAAUAAAACUAAAAAGCAUAAUACCGGUUUGUACUGCAGGCUAUAUUAAAUGCAAUAAUUUUCUCUGGACAGAAGCAAGUCAUUAAUAGAUGUUUCUCUGGACAGAAGUAAGUAAUUAAUAGAUAUUUCUCUGGACAGAAGUAAGUCAUUAAUAGAUAUUUCUCUGGACAGAAGUAAGUCAUUAAUAGAUAUUUCAGGUGUUAAAUUAUACAAAUAACUGGCCAUUUCAACUUGGAACAGUUUGUGUGUUGUAUUGGAAUACCACAGGUUGGCUUACUUGCUGGUAUUAUGGGGCUGUGACCGCCAUAUGCACAACACGUUAAACGGUUGACUGUUGAUCCAUGAAGAUGUCCUAAUGGAGAUGUUUAUUUAGAAAUGAUGUAUGAGUAUAUUUUCUUUUAUUGGUUGUUCACUUUUAUAUUAUUUGUUCCACUAACAAUGUGUUGAUGUUUAACGACCAGCUAAAUGUUUUAUAUUGUGUCUAUCAUUCUGUUGCAAACACGUUGAGUAUCUGCUUGUCAUGGUGAUAUUUGGUUCAAAUAAAAGAGAGACUUAUUUUAUAUAAAAGCUAAUUGCAGAUUGUCUUAGGUUUUAUUGAAAAUGUUAAAUCAGGAAUGUUUUUUCUUCAGUUUUAGUAUUCCAUCUUCUUAACACUCAAGUUGCCAAAACAUUUGGAUGAAAAAAUUGAAAUAAUAAAUUUUUAUAGUUUUAAAAGUAUAUUUUAAUUACAAAGGCCAUUUUGUUUUCGUGCCAUAGAAUAAGACAUUUUUAUGUUCUAUAUGAGAGAAUAACAUGAUUAAUAUAUACGUGUAUGUUGUGUCUGUGUGAAGGACUCCAGUGGAGAUCGUGUGAGCCAAUUGGAGCAUAUGUAUGUGCCAUUACUAGAAUGUGUAGUUUUAUAGUACAGAUAUCUAUUUUUAUAUUCUCUAGAACAUACAGAACAUAGACAGGUCGGUUGCUAAGCAACAACUAAUGUUAAUCUCAGGCCACAUAAAUAGAUUUUGUAGCCGUUCUGAUUGUGAUAUGAGAAACGCAAACCCAUCAGGUGUGUGUGUGAUUUUAGAGUUAUGACAAAUGAUGCCUUUGUUUUGUUUUAAAGAUGCAUAUCUGGCAGAUAUCUGUGAACAGUUGUUUAUUUCUCCAGUACUGCAGCUGCUGUGGUUCAUACCACUUUACAGUAAAGAUUCUUUCAACAAGU